AUGGCAAGAGGAGGAGGAGGAGGAGGAGCAGGGGAUCACCAUAGGUACUGCUACAGAGAAUUAGUGCCCUUCACGGCGUUGGUAGCUAUGGAGUGCACCAACGUCGGCCUCAACACUCUGUUCAAGUUCGCCACGCGCCACCACAUGAGCCGCCACGUGUUCCUCGUCUACGCCUACGCCGUGGCGGCGCUCGUCCUCGUUCCAUCCCCGUUCUUUUCCCGCCGAUCAAGGGCUUUGCCCUCGUUGAAUUUCUCUAUUAUGCUCAAGAUUUUUCUCCUCGGUAUUGUCGGGUAUGCGUCGCAAAUAAUGGGUUAUACUGGGAUUAAUUACGGCUCUCCCACACUUGCUUCCGCCAUGAGCAACUUAGCUCCAGCUUUUACUUUUGUGCUUGCUAUCAUUUUCAGGAUGGAAAAGGUAACGUUAUCGAGCACAAGUAGUCGGGCCAAAGUUGUUGGCACGAUUGUGUCGAUAACAGGGGCAUUUAUCGUGACAUUUUACAAAGGGCCGAGCAUUAAUGCCACUCAAUCUACUCAUCCGGUUUCGCUCAAUCAAUCCCUUCACUCCUCACAAUCCAACUGGAUUAUCGGCAGCCUUUUUCUGUCGGUCGAGUAUCUUCUCGUGCCCGUGUGGUACAUUAUUCAGGCACAUAUUAUGAAAGAAUACCCUGCAGAGUUGACGAUUGUCUUCUUCUACACAUCGUGCGUGAGCAUUCUAGCUGCCAUUGUCGGGCUUUUCGCAGAGCCCGAUUCCAAUAAAUGGAAAAUCAGGCCCAAUGUAGCUUUGGUGUCCGUAUUGUGUUCGGGCCUUUUCGGUUGUUGCAUUAACAAUGCCGUCCACACGUGGGCCCUGCAUUUGAGGGGACCCGUUUACGUAGCCAUGUUUAAGCCGCUCUCGAUUGCAAUAGCCGCUGCCAUGGGAGUUGUUAUCCUCGGCGACACUCUUUAUCUCGGAAGCAUAAUCGGGGCAGCAAUAAUAGCCAUCGGAUUUUACACGGUAAUGUGGGGCAAGACGAAAGAGGAGUAUUAUUCCGAAUUCGAUGUCGAUUAUUCCGAUGACUUGGAGUCUUCUGCCGAGACGAAAAAGCAUCCCUUGUUACAAAGCUACAAAAACAGAGGUAGCACAAGAGAAGGGAGUUAA